AUGGUGCAGUGCAAAUCCUGCAAACUCUGGGAGCAUUUCGGAUGCGCCGGUGUCGACGAACAGAUUCGCCGGGAUGAUGCCACGUACAUCUGUGAGCGAUGUGCACUACCAGGGGUUUCCAACGACGACCAUCUCAACGUCCCCUUCGUCGAAUCACGCUCCAAAGGAAUGAAGGCAGGUUCAAAGGCGAGUUCCAAGGGCGGCUCGAAAAAAGGAAAGAAAAUUCUCGACCCAACCGGCAGCGUGACGUCAAGCGUGCGGGUGGCAAUGCUAGCGGAACAGCUGAAGCUCGUCGAAGAACAACAAGUCUUGGAGGAACAGAAACUGAAGGAACAAGAAGAGAUUAAAAAACGCCUUCUGGAAGAAGAAGAACGUCAGUUGGAGGAGAAGAAAAGGCUCGCAGAGGAGUCCAAACAGAUCCGUGAGCGUAAGUUGCAGGACGAACUAGAAGCAAAACGGAAACAACAGCAAGUAAGGAGAGAGUCAUUCGAAAAGCGUCAAGAGAUCAUCAGACAAAUGGCCGAAGCGAGCAGCAGAAGUGGAUCGAUUGUGAGCUCCGGCCAAAAAGUUCGUAAUUGGCUGAAUGAACAAGGUCGUAUGCUAUCUCAGGAGCAGAUCGCGGCGAGGCAGGUUCUUGGAAAGGAUCUUCCAAACUUCGACGGAAACCCAGAGGAUUGGCCGGUCUUCAUAAGUAACUAUGAACAAUCAACGACCACCUGCGGAUACUCGGAUGCUGAGAACCUUGUCCGACUCCAACGAUCGCUCAAAGGAAAUGCUCUAGAGUCAGUGAAGAGCCGUCUACUCCUGCCGGCUAGUGUGCCACACGUAAUACAAACCCUGCGUACCCUUUUCGGCAGACCGGAGUUGCUCAUUAGGUCGAUGUUGAACAAAAUUCAUCACAUUCCACCACCUAGACACGACCGCCUAGAAACGCUGAUGCACUUUGGUCUGGCAGUGCAGAAUCUGGUAGACCAUUUAAAAGCAGCAAACCAAUACACCCACCUAAUGAACCCGAUGCUCAUGCAGGAGCUGGUGGAAAAACUACCCGGAUCACUUCGUUUAGAUUGGGCUGUUUUCAAAAAUAAAUAUCAAACUGCUACGCUGGAGACUUUCGGGGAAUUCAUGUCGGGGUUGGUGACGGCGGCUAGUGAAGUAUCUUUCACACUUCCGGGGGCUUACUCGAGCCAGAAACAUGCCACUGCAACGGACUCGCGGAGCGGAAAACAAAAGACUGGAAACACCGGAAUACUUCAAGCUCACUCGAAAGACGAUCAACACCUCAUUCAGGAUGACAAUACCACCCCACGCUUCAAAUACGAGAAGCCAUGUCUUGCUUGUGGUCGAGCAGGGCACAGGGUCGCCGAAUGUCAGCAGUUCAACGGAGCAAGCGUUGACGAGCGUUGGGAGUUAGUGCAAAAGAAAGGGCUCUGCCGAACGUGUCUAAACAGCCACGGUAAAUGGCCAUGUCGGUCUUGGAGCGGAUGUGCAGUGGAGGGAUGUCGUCAAAGGCAUCAUACGCUUCUUCAUUCUACUACACCAUUGGAAAACGUGAAUAUCUCACCCAGUCACGUCACGUCCGGUGGAUUUGAAUGGCCACUUUUUCGCAUCGUUCCAGUGGUAUUAUAUGGCCGUAAUUCUUCCCAGACGAUCUACGCCUUUAUAGAUGAGGGCUCGUCGUACACUCUGCUUGAAGACUCAGUAGCGAAGCGACUGGGUGUUAGUGGUACGGUAGAACCGUUGACACUGAAGUGGACAGGCGAUGUAACUCGGGUCGAAGCAAAAUCACAGAUUGUACAAUUCGAUAUAUCCGGCAAACGCGUUAAUUCUCGCUAUACUAUUACCCAUGCUCGCACCGUGGACCGUUUGGUCCUGCCAACCCAAACCAUGGAAUAUAAGGAUCUUGCACGUCGUUUCCCGCACCUACGUGGAUUGCCAAUCGAAGACUACGAGCUAAUUCAGCCAAAAAUACUCAUUGGACUCGAUAAUCUCAGGUUGGCCGUCCCACUGAAGCUACGAGAAGGUGGGCCGCUGGACCCUAUCGGCGCAAAAUGCCGGUUAGGAUGGAGCGUAUACGGUUGUGUUCCGAAUCAAGCAGCUCAUUCGUCGGUCGUGGGGUUUCAUGUGAAAGCAUCAUCUGAUUCAGACCAAGAAAUCAAUGACCUUCUGCGCGACUAUUUCACCUUGGACAAUGUUGGUGUCAUCGACCAAAGCAAUCUUAUCGAAUCGGAGGACGAGAAACGCGCUGGUCUGCUGCUGAAAGAGACCACUCAACGUACGCUAUCAGGCACGAACUUCGAAACUGGUCUACUAUGGAGGACCGGUAAACCGAACUUUCCAGACAGUUACCCCAUGGCCUUGCGACGUUUAGAAUCGCUAGAACGUCGGCUCAAACGUGAUCCCAGUUUGCAGGAGUCUGUUCGAGAUCAAAUAGCGGAUUAUGAGCGCAAAGGUUAUACUCACCGGGCUAGUCUGACAGAACUAACGUCGGUGGAAUCAAGCCACGUAUGGUAUCUACCACUGGGUGUUGUUACCAAUCCUAGAAAACCCGGCAAAGUACGGCUGAUCUGGGACGCAGCCGCAAAAGUUGGAAACACCUCUUUCAAUUCCCAACUUCUCAAAGGUCCAGAUCUGCUGACUCCUCUCCCAAAGGUUUUGUACCAAUUUCGACAAUAUCCAGUGGCGGUGACCGGUGACAUAAUGGAAAUGUUUCACCAGAUUAAGAUUCGCAGUCCAGAUUGCCAGUCUCAACGUUUCCUGUACCGAGAGAAUACGAUGGACAUCCCUAAGAUCUACGUGAUGGACGUAGCAACCUUCGGUUCAACCUGCUCCCCGGCGUCGGCACAAUACGUGAAGAACCUCAACGCAGAAGAGAACGCCGCAGAAUACCCUCGAGCAGCGGAGGCCAUUGUAAAAAGGCACUACGUUGACGACUAUUUAGAUAGUUUCAAGUCGAUUUCGGAGGCAGUAAGUGUUGUAAACGAAGUGAAAUUGGUACACGCUAAAGGCGGAUUCACCCUCCGUCGAUUUCUGUCCAACGUACCAGAGGUCUUGCAAGGUAUUGGGGAGGAGUUGCAGACCGAAAUGAAGGACCUAGAUCUUGAGCGAGCAGGUAAGAUUGAAUCGGUUUUGGGAAUGAAGUGGGUUCCAGAUUCGGACAUUUUCAUCUAUACUUUCGGCGCCCGAGAAGACAUCCUUAAAAUCCUGCACACUGAUCACGUUCCUUCAAAGCGAGAAGUUGCCAGGGUAGUGAUGAGUUUGUUCGAUCCACUCGGGCUCAUCUCCUACCUCCUGGUUCAUGGAAAAGUCCUAAUUCAAGAGCUUUGGGCGAAAGGAACUGAUUGGGACCAACAAAUUCCCCAAGACACGAAUAUGCGCUGGCGACAGUGGGCAGACUCGUUAAAGCAACUGGAUCGGCUCCGCAUACCACGAUGCUACUUCCCCUCUAACCAUCCACCUAGUUUCAUCCGUCUACAAAUUCAUUUGUUUGUAGAUGCUAGCGAUUCAGCAUAUGCAGCGGUUGUAUACUUCCGGCUGCAGACCGAACAAGACACGCAAGUGGCGCUUGUCGGUGCCAAAACCAAGGUGGCUCCACUGAAGGCUUUAUCGAUACCAAGGCUUGAACUUAAGGCAGCUGUUCUUGGUACCCGUCUGUUAGAAACAAUUCAAAAUCAACACACGUAUCCAGUAAGCCAACGCUUUUGUUGGACCGAUGCAAACACCGUCCUGGCAUGGAUUCGUGCUACUGAUCAUCGCCGUUACCACAAAUUCGUCGCUGUUCGAGUGGGAGAGAUUUUGUCGUCCACGCAACAGUCAGAAUGGCACUGGGUUCCAUCAAAAAUGAACGUUGCGGACCUGGCCACCAAAUGGAACAGUGAUCCACAAGCAAUGACCGUCGGUCCAUGGUUUCACGGACCGUCCUUUCUAUUUGAACCCGAAUCACACUGGCCCAAGCAAAAAGAAACCACCUCAACAGAAGUGGAACUUCGUCCUGCUCACUGCAACUUAGCUCACUUCUCAUCAAGUUUUUUGCUUGACAAAAUCAACAAGUGGUGCAAACUGCUACGUGUAUCUGCCUACGUGUUUCGUUGGAUCGAUAACCUCCGAAGGCGUAGAAACGGCGAGAAUCUGGAACUCGGUCCAAUCACCUGCGAUGAACUUCACAACGCCGAAGAAGCCCUGCUCAAGAUGGCUCAAAACGAAUGUUAUGCAGAGGAAAUUUCUACCCUUAGUAAAACGCAGGGUCCACCAGAGAUGCGGCAUCCUACUUUCUGCGUAGUCGGGGACGAAUCGACGCCGCACCGUAUGCUUCUUUCGAUGCUAAGUUUCCCAUAA